AUGCAGACAUCAUGUGCAAUAAGCCAGGAGGAUCGGCAACACAUGCGGCAUGCUCUGGAGCUAGCUGCAAGGGGCCUAGGGAAGACACACCCGAACCCUGCUGUAGGAUGCGUGAUCCUCAAAGACGGUAAGGUGAUUGGUGAGGGCUUCCACCCCCAGGCAGGCGAGCCGCACGCCGAGGUGUAUGCGUUGCGAGCUGCCGGGCAAGCUGCGGCAGGAGCCACGGCGUACGUGACCCUGGAGCCAUGCAACCAUUUUGGUCGGACUCCUCCGUGCAGCAGCGCCCUCGUUGCCGCCGGUGUCAAGCGGGUUGUCAUUGGGGUGGGAGACCCGAAUCCUCUUGUGGGUGGCGCUGGGAUCAAGACGCUGCAGGCGGCAGGAAUUGAGGCUGAGCUGGUGGGCGGAGCAGAAGAGGAGAAUGCUUACAGCUUGAAUCUGGACUUCAUGGAGCAGAUGAAGGCGCAGGGGACAGUAGGCAAAUGA